UCCCAUCUUCGAUGCGAAGCCUCGUAGAUCAUUCGUAGCCUCAGCGAGUUAUCUUUGGUUCUUUCUUCUCCGGUUCCCCCCACUCUCUCCGCCUUUUCUUCUCUCGAAGCUUGCUUUUUUAUUUCUUUUUCUCCUUCAAUAGCUCGCGAAAAGAACCGAGUUCCUUCUGCUCCCCAAAAGCUGGAAUUUGAUUCUUUCCAGGUUUCCGCUUUCUUCCCCCAUCUCGCUCUCGCUGUUUUUUAAUCGUUUUUUGGGAUUUUUUUUUUAGAAUAAGUAAGCAUCGCUUCUUCAUGCCGUUUGGCUUCGGGGAUUUCGAUCGGGUUCUGUCGGGAUAGAUGUGACGUCGUCUGCCCAAUCUGGGGUUUUCUUGGAUUUGUUGAUCGAGAGGGGCAGUCCCGGCAAUGGGAGGCGAAGAGGAUGCGGCCGUCGGUCCUCUCUCUGGUAACCGGAAAACUUUCUGGAGGUCGGCGUCGUGGUCCUCUUCCCGGACCUCUGCGUCGGACCGCUCCAGCUGUUCCGCUGAAGAAAAGAAUGCGACCAACGGCCAGUUCCGGCGCUGCCCGGCGCCUCCCCUGACCCCCAGAUCCCAGAGCGGCAAGGCUCGCUCAUGUCUCCCCCCUCUCCAGCCCCUCUCCAUCGCCCGCCGGAGCUUGGACGACUGGCCCAAGGCCAGCUGCGACGACGUCGGGGAGUGGCCGCAGCCCCCCACCCCUAGCGGGAAGGCCGGCGCCGGCAAGCCCGGUGAGGGCCUGAAGCUGGAUCUGUCCUCGCUGCGGUCCCAGGUCAAGAAAGAUCAGAUCGCCUUCUUCGAUAAGGAGUGCUCCAAGGUGGCCGACCACAUCUACCUCGGUGGAGACUCCGUGGCCAGGAACCGUGAAAUCCUUCGCCAGAAUGGAAUCACCCACGUCCUCAACUGUGUUGGAUUCGUCUGCCCGGAGUACUUCAAGUCCGAUCUCGUUUACAAGACCCUCUGGUUGCAGGAUAGCCCGACGGAGGAUAUCACGAGCAUAUUGUAUGAUGUGUUCGAUUACUUCGAGGAUGUCCGGGAGCAGGGCGGGAGGGUGUUUGUCCACUGCUGCCAGGGGGUGUCCCGGUCCACCUCGCUGGUUAUAGCUUACCUUAUGUGGAGGGAAGGGCAGAGCUUCGAUGAUGCAUUCCAGUAUGUCAAGGCUGCGAGGGGGAUCGCUAAUCCGAACAUGGGUUUCGCUUGCCAGCUUCUUCAGUGCCAGAAGAGGGUCCAUGCGAUCCCGCUGAGCCCCAAUUCAGUGCUGAGGAUGUACCGAAUGGCACCUCACUCGUCUUAUGAUCCACUGCACCUAGUCCCAAAGAUGUUGAACGAUCCUUCAUCAGCUGCUUUGGAUUCGAGGGGGGCGUUCAUCAUUCAUGUCCUCUCAUCCAUUUAUGUCUGGGUCGGUAAGAAUUGCGAGCUAGUGAUGGAAAAGGAUGCGAAAGCUGCGGCCUUUCAGGUGGUAAGAUAUGAGAAGGUGCAGGGGCCUAUCAUGAUGAUUGCUGAAGGUGAUGAGCCCUCGGAGUUUUGGGAGGCGCUUUCAAGUGCUCCUCUGAAUUCGGACAGUGCCACAAAGAUUAACAAGGAACAGAUUGAAUCGGCAAUCAAGGAUGCCAUUGGUAAGAGGAGAGUGGAGUCGUAUGAUGCAGACUUUGAGCUUUUCUAUAAGGCAAUUGCUGGAGGGGUUGUGCCACCAUUCUCUUCUUCGGGACCAGGGCAGGAAACCCACCUUCCGGCAAGAGAAAGCAACUGGAGUAUGUUGAGGCGUAAGUUUAUACCUGGUGCUAUUUGCAGAGUUUAUUCAGAUUCUGCAUUGCUGAGGGAUAUGGAUCCCCGCAUGGACCGAGUGCAGCUUUUGACUGCAGAGGCAUCUACAUCCCCUCCAUAUCCUUCUCCUAGUUCACUUUCCUCUGACUUGAGUAUUAGUUCAAAGUGUAGUUCAGAGUCUCCUUCAACAUCCUCCUCUCCUUCACUUACACCAUCACAUGCAUCAUCUAACUUGCCUGAACCAUCAUCUUGGCCAUCUCUCCAAUUCUCAAGCAAUAUGGAACCCUCAAAGUGUUUUCGGGAAUCAGGUUUUUCUCCAUCUAAGGCACCAUCAUCUAGGCCUUCUGUCCAAUUCUCAAGCAAUAUGGAAUCCUCGAAGUGUUUUCAGGAAUCAGGUUCUUCUUCAUCUAAGGGGCUUGCACUCUCUAUUGCUGAAAGAAGGGGAAGCUUUUCACCACUGAAAUUGCCAUCACUAAACAAAGAUGAUGCUUCAUUGUUAUCUCAGAAGGUGUUAAAUACAUUGUCUACAUCGUCUGUAUAUGCCGAAAGUGCAAAUGAAGUCACAGAUAGAAGUAAUGACAACCACAUGUCCAAAGAUGAUGCUUUAGACAAGAAAGGUAGUGCAGGGGAAGUUUCAGAUGUCAAGUGCACAGGUGAAUCUGCUGUUAAUAGUGCAGAAAGUAGGGCGAGUUCCCAGAAAAGUCAUCUCGCACAAGAUGAUAAAUUUCUGCCUGGUUCAACUGGAAGGGCUGAUGUUAGGUUGGAGAGUCCAAAUCCUACAAGUCUUUUAGUGUAUCGCUGGCCUAAGAUGGAAAAGCUAGCAACAUUUGCUAAAGAAGAUCUUGAUUCCAAAGCAGUGUUUCUUUUCUUGACUCCUAAUUCUGGUAAAAGUGGAGAGGCAGAUAGGAUUUUAUAUUUGUGGAUAGGAAGUGGCAUUGAACAGGCUAGUGUGCAAAUUCAAUUAAACAGCAGCAACGAUGUAGGGGAAGUUAUUCCAAGUGACUGGCACCGAGUUGGUUGUGAGUUUCUUGAUUUAAUGGGCCUGCGGAAGGACCUUCCUGUUAAGGUUGUGAAAGAACAGGAGACCGAGAAAUUCCUUGAAUUGCUGCAUUCUACUUAAUCGUUCGCUCUGCAAUGAAACAUUCCUGAAGCUCGACUCUGAUCUCUCUUUUCUCCAGUUCUUAUACAGUGGAGAUUCUAUGACAUUCUGCUCAAAUAGCUCGAGUCCGCAACGAUCGGUGAGGUACAAAUCAACUAAGGUUCCCCGUCACCUGAAUAAAUUUAAUCAUCAGUUACCUCAACUCUUGUUAGUUUUCUGUAAAGACAAUUAAUUAGCUUCCAUUGUCAUUUUGUAAUGGCAGGAGGCCGGCCAGAGUGUCACAUCUGUGGCUACUUUUAAGGUUUUGGCACGCUUGGAUGUACAUUUAUCACAAGCAGAUUUGAUACCUCAUUUGCUUAGUUGAUGAACUCAAUCCUCUCUCGUAACGAAUCAACUCAAUCACUUUUCCCAUAUCCCGGCGCUAAGGAGACGACGAUAUUGUAGUUAACGAAGGUGAAACUGCGAGUGGCGUAAGGUAAUGUCCUCUCGACCCUUGGAUUAAGCAUGGGCCCGAUGAAGAUAAGUGUCCGCAGCCCAAAACUCUAAGCCCGUUAUCAUAGAUAAGUGUCCACAGCCCAAAAGUCUAAGCCCGUUAUCAUAUCUACUGACCUUGUGGGCCGUGUUCGGCUAUAAGUUGAAUGGGGGAAAUAGUUGUGCUGCGUCGUAGACCUCGUAGUAUCGUAUCAGUCUUUCGGAUCAAGCCUAAAACAGAGUCUAUAAACGUUUUGGUAGCAAUGCUACGAGGAAUGCCAUCAGCAUUGAUAGACCCACAGGGAGCAAGUCUAAGCUUGGUUGCCGAUGCAACCACUUCCCCCAGUUUGUCCGUACACGUACUUCUAAUUCCUAAUAAACGUCUUGGUUUUCUAUAGAGAUUUUUACCUAUGCACCUGCAAUAUUGGCGUCUAACUUUCGUCCAACUUCAUCAUCUGGAUCAUCCAAUCCCUCUGCGUUCGUCAUCUGAACUGCCUGAUUCAGAUCCAAAGCUUGCAUUUGGAUUACAUUGAUUUUGGAGGCCAAGUUAGAACCAAAAAUUCUACUUUCACUGAAAUGUUUUUUUCUGAAAAUUGAUGCCUGAAAAAUUAUAUAGAAUAUCUACUAUGCUCUUAAUAAAAGAAAAUAUGUUGUCUCAUUUUAUCUAAAAUUUUUAGGAUACUUUUGUAAUAAAUUUUUUUUAAUUUUUAAGCUAAUUGGAUUUUUUUUCAUAUCUUACGUAGAUAUUUCUUUUUCAUGAUAUAUAAAAAUUUUACUUUUAUGAAAAAGUUAUUUUUUUGUUUUUGUGUGAAAACUCCAACAAAAUAUGAGGUAUUUUUUAAUGUUUUCAUUGAUCAUAUUUUUCUUCCUCCUCUUUCUGCGAAUCAAACAAGUCCUAAAUCUCGAUUGCUUCACUGUUUUUAGAACUAGAGCCAUACCAAAUGGUACCAAUUAGAAUGGAUGAAAAUUGUUGUUUUCUUGGAUUACCUAAAAGUAAACAAAAAAUCAGAAAAUAAAAGAUUAUUUUUCAAGAAAAUAAGUUAAUAAUAAUAGAUGAAUUACAAAUAGCAAUCAUUAAAUGUUUUUAAAAAAAUACUAAAUAAAAUUUGAGAUAUCUAUAAAUCUAAAAUAUAGUAUGUUAUAGACUGUAAUUAUAAUUAACUUUACAUUUACACAUAUGCAUGUCUAUAUGUGGAUCAGGUCAGUCCGGGUCCAGGUUACUCGAUAAUCGGCAACAAACAGGUUUUCUUCUAUUAUUUCUAUCCUCUUUCUCCGAGCCAACGCAUGUACCACGUAAACGCGGGCGUGCACUUUUUGGGUUCCCACUGUACACAACCACUGUAUCAAGAAAGUUAUGGAUAGUAUUACCUCCUUCAUUAUCCAAGAAAAAAAAAAAAAAAAAUCUAAUGGAGCUCCUCAUCCUCCAGCAUCGUCAUUUUCAUCCACCUGACCGGUUAAAAAUGCAACCCUUAUGGUCGCCUUCGUUUUGGACUCCAGAAGGAAGGCCUCUGCAGCUGCCACAAGACGAAGAUAUCUGAUCACGAACACGUUGGCUUUACUCCUUGUUAUAAGCUGCUGCCUGCUUCCCAUCCCUGAACUUGAAUGCUGGAAGGGGAGGGAUGACGAAAAGUGUUUCUGGACUGUCAGUUUUGUAAAUGGGCACAAAGUGGCCGAUUUUGGCAGCUUGGAGUUGCCCGAACGACGUGUUGUUCCGGGAUGGGAGGGGAGGUUUGAGGGUCGUCUCGUUUCGGAUGCGCCCAGAAAACAAAAAGGUGCGAUUCACUCAUGGAACAUAAAAGUUUCGUAUUGCUCUGUUUCUAGUUGUAGAACUGUAAGCUUCUGUUAAUUUUCACUGACUGAACGAAAUUUGAUGGACGACUAUUUUUCUUCAGAAAAAAAAAAAUGUUUAUGUGCCAGUCGGUGAACAAAGAAAAGCAUGUGAUAAUGAUAAUUAUGCACGGGAA